AUGCAUUCUCUCCCCAGUCCCCCUAUCUCUGAGCUUGGCCUGUCUUGGAAGCCAGCUAUCGCCACUGUGAGCCUGGGAGCUGCGAAUCUACAUCCAAUCAUUGCCAAACUCGACGCCGCUGCCCGCAAUGGCCAACAAGGACUCGAACUUUUCCACGAUGAUCUUGCACAGCUCGCCAAGACGCUCCAGCUGAAUGACAGCUCGCCCCGAUCCGCUCGAGACUACGAGAUCGAUGCAGCACACGCCAUCCACCAUCUUUGCGCGGAGCGUCACUUGCAGGUUUUAGCCCUGCAACCCUUUCGUCACUACGAAGGGCUGGUCGACCCAGCUCGCCAUGGUGAGCGUAUUGACGAGCUCAGGCACUGGGUAAAAUUAACCAAAAUUCUCGGGGACUCCCUGUUCAUUCUGAUCCCUUCGUCAUUCCUCGAUCCCUCCGAAAUUACUGGUGACCGAGACCGGCUUGCCGCCGACCUGGCCGAGGCUGCCGAUUUGGCAUUCCCUGUACGCAUCGCAUAUGAAGCACUGGCUUGGGGUACAUACAUCAACACUUGGGAGGAUUCCUGGGACGUGAUUAAACGGGCUAAUCGACCCAAUCUGGGAAUAUGUCUGGAUACCUUCAACAUUGCAGCUCGGCUGUGGGCCGACCCCACAGACCCCACAGGACGACUGCCUGCAAACGCCGACAAGUCUUUGCAGGACUCGAUGGAUCGACUCGUUCGGGAAAUCGAUCCGAGCCGAGUCCUGAUGGUCCAACUUGCCGAUGGUGAGCGGGUCGACCCACAGACGCCAUUCCUCCACGUAGGCUUGCCCACGCUGCUAGCCUGGUCGCGGAAUGCCCGUCUUUUCCCGUGUGAGGAGGAGCGCGGUGGAUACCUUCCGAUCCGCAAGGUCACAGAUGCCUGCAUCACUCGUCUGGGCUACACUGGGUGGGUCAGCAUGGAGGUCUUCUCGCGGACAACCGGAGACGACAACCCGGUCGUUCCAGAUGAGCAUGCUAGGCGAGCCAGUCAAUCCUGGCAGCGAGUUCUGCGAUACUUGGGCGACAAGAUGGAAAAGGGAUCCAACUCUGUCGCAUUGGAUUGA